GGUAGUGCUUGCAUCAUGGCUGACCAACUGACUGAAGAGCAGAUUGCAGAAUUCAAAGAAGCUUUUUCACUAUUUGAUAAGGAUGGUGAUGGAACUAUAACAGCAAAGGAACUGGGAACUGUAAUGAGGUCUCUUGAGCAGAGUACUACAGAAGCAGAGUUACAGGACAUGAUUAAUGAAGUAGAUGCUGAUGGUAACAGCACAAUUGACUUCCCUGAAUUUCUGAUCAUAAUGGCAAGAAGAAUGACAGACACAGACAGUGAAAAAGAAAUUAAAGAAGCAUUCCAUGUGUUUGACAAGGAUGGCAAUGGCGAUAUUAGUGCAGCAGAGCUUUGCCAUGUGAUGACAGGCCUUGGAGAGAAGUUAACAGAUGAGCAGGUUCAUGAAAUGAUCAGGGAAGCAGAUAUUGAUGGUGAUGGUCAAGUACACUAUGAAGAGUUUGUACAAAUGACAGCAAAAUGA